AUAAGAUAUGAUUUGUUCUAUGAUUUAGAAGUGUUUGGGAGGAGUUCUUGCCGGUUGUAAAUCUGAUAUAUCGGCCUUUUAUUUUAAAAGUAACGUCAGGGCAUAAUAACUCUAAAUAUUCUAUCAUUAUGAUCACAGUUAUCCAUAUCCAAUGCACUGGGAAGCCAACAAUAACUAUUUGCUCUCUAUGAAUGAGAUACCGAUAUAUCGCUCCCCCGUUUAACUCAGUUUUACUUUUAGUGCAUUUUUAGUUUUACUAGAUCAAGAACCAUGGGAAACUGUUUCAGCCGAUCCGGAGAUAAAAAUGUAAAAAAGGGGGAAACACACACGGGCCAAGUCUCUGUAGAAAGGAAUGAAACUGUUUCUCCGACACCAAACGCUAUAGUAGCGGUUCAGACUCAUGAACCGUCCAGCAUACGUCCAGCUCAUCAUGAUCUCAUCAGAGGAAAUGGACCAACUCUUCCCACGGAAACAGACAGCAUUUCUGGCUCCACUGCCAAAAUAUUUGUCGCACUAUAUGAUUACGAUGCUCGAACAGAUGAAGAUCUUAGUUUUAAGAAAGGCGAACACUUGGAGAUACUAAACGAUACUCAGGGAGACUGGUGGUUUGCAAGGUCAAAGGCCACUAAGAAAGAAGGUUACAUCCCUUCCAACUAUGUUGCCAAACUGAAAUCUAUUGAAGCAGAACCAUGGUAUUUUGGAAAGAUAAAGAGGAUAGAAGCAGAAAAGAAACUACUUCUUCCUGAAAAUCAACACGGUGCAUUCCUCAUUAGAGAUAGUGAAAGCCGCAGGAAUGAUUUUUCUCUUUCAGUGAGGGAUGGAGACACUGUGAAACACUACCGUAUCAGGCAGUUGGAUGAAGGUGGCUUUUUUAUUGCUCGCAGAACCACAUUCCGUACCCUGCAGGAACUUGUGGAACACUAUAUCAGUGAUGCUGAUGGUCUGUGUGUGAACCUGAGGCAACCUUGUAUACAGGUUGAAAAGCCAACAACAAGUGGUCUCUCCCACAACACCAGGGAUCAAUGGGAGAUAGAACGUAGUUCGCUGAAAUUUGUGAGGAAGCUCGGGCAAGGACAGUUUGGUGAGGUUUGGGAAGGAUUGUGGAAUAAUACCACACCAGUAGCAAUCAAAACACUCAAGCCCGGAACAAUGGAUCCCAAGGACUUUCUUGCUGAGGCUCAGAUCAUGAAAAAACUAAGGCAUCUCAAACUUGUCCAGCUGUAUGCCGUCUGUACACUAGAAGAACCUAUUUAUAUCAUCACAGAGUUGAUGAAAAACGGGAGUUUGUUGGAAUAUCUGCAAGGAAAAGGACGUUCUUUAAAACUUCCACAGUUGAUUGAUAUGUCAGCUCAGAUUGCUGCUGGUAUGGCUUAUCUAGAGUCUCAGAACUAUAUUCACAGAGAUCUAGCUGCUAGGAAUAUUCUCGUUGGAGAAAGUAAUGUUGUGAAAAUAGCAGAUUUUGGCUUGGCUAGGCUUAUAAAGGAAGAUGAGUAUGAAGCACGAGUAGGUGCGAGGUUUCCUAUUAAGUGGACAGCUCCUGAAGCUGCCAACUACAGCAAGUUCUCCAUCAAAUCAGAUGUCUGGUCAUUUGGAAUUUUACUGACAGAGCUGGUCACUUAUGGAAGGAUCCCUUAUCCUGGUAUGACUAAUGCAGAGGUUCUUCAUCAGGUGGAGCAUGGUUAUCGAAUGCCUUGUCCACCAGGUUGUCCAGUGACUUUGUAUGACAUAAUGUUGGAAUGUUGGCACAAGGACCCCCUAAAGAGGCCCACUUUUGAAACCUUGCAGUGGAAGUUAGAAGAUUUCUUCACUCAAGAAGGAUCAGAGUAUAAGGAGGCCGCCAUUGCAUACUGAGUGAAGGACUGUGGCCCAGUAAAAUUGGAUCAUAUGUCUGCUUUAUGGUGAUGUGAUGUAAAGUGACAAUUUUACAAGUUAAAGCAAUGUUUAUGAGGAACCUAAUCUUAAACAAAUGUAAACACUAUGCCCUGUCCUUGUUAUAGUAGUCCAUAUCUUUUUUAAAUCAUUAUGUGAGAUAAUAUAUCUUUGCAUAUGUAUAUGGUAACUUUUUUUUACAUGCAGUGUUUAAAGUCACCAUAAUUCUGUACUUCUUAUACUAACAGCUGGUUAAAAUGUGACAUGAUUACUUUUAAACACGUACUGGUUAAUGUAAAGUCACUCAUAUCAAAAGCAUUAAUAUGAGCUGUUUGGUUGUGAUAUUAUGAAGAUUUUAAGAGGAAAAGAUUAAAACUUAAUGAUCAGUUUGAAAGGUUGCUCUUGGAGGAUUUAUGAAAAAUGUAAAGUUUAAAUGUGCAUAUGAGCAAUAAAUCCAAAUACUGUCCAUCUUAUUCAUUUAAAGGUUUAAGCAACUAGACUUUUGAAGAACAGAAAAAAGAUUAAAUUUAAAAAAUCACAUUGUCAACCUUUUGUGAGUUUCAAGAUAAGGUGGUCUUAAAAACAAUAAACAUUUUCAAAGCUUUAUGCAAAGCAUGGGAAAAUCUGAUACAAAACUACAAACCCUCUCAAAUAUUCACAUAAGGUAUGGGAAAAAGAUGACUUAAAAACUAUAAACAUUGUUAGAUCUUUGUUUGAAGAACAAAAAACAGGAUCUUAAAACUAUUAUGAAAUAUUUGUGAGAAUUUCCAGAAAAUGUGAUCAUAAAAACUAUAAAUAUUUUCAAACCUUUCUAGUAAAUGUGAGAUAAAAUAAGUUUUAAAACCAUAACAUUAUUUCAGAUCUUUAUGUGAGGUAUGGGAAAAAAUUACUUCAAAACUACAGACACUGCAAAACAUUAUAGUGAAAAGUGUAUCAGCAUGAUCUUAAAUAAUUACGCUGUCAAAAUGUAUGAAUUUCAGGAUCAGAGGACCUCAAACUCUAAACCCUUCCUUUAAUUCUAUGAAUAUAGACUUGGUAAAAAAAAAAUUGUUGAAUCUUUAUCAUGAAAUCUCUUUAGUCAAAAUUAUCAUGUUAUAAACCAUAUUAUUUGAAAGUUUUUCAAAGUAAGUCUUUCACUUAUAUAAAUAGUUUUUGUAUGAUUUGCUUAAACCCCACUAUUACAGGGUGGUAACUAUGAUUUAACCUAAUUAUCAUGUUUUGAAAUGCUUGAUGUUUGCUGAAAUAUUUUAUACUAAAAUGUUGGGACUAACAUUGAAAUGAAGCAGAAAUGAGUGGAGACCAGCUAAAAAUCUGAGGGUUGAAGUGUAUCUAAAGUAUAUCAGGUCACAUAAUUCUUGAUUUGAUUAACUUAAUCCAGAUAAUUUGUAAAUAUGUAUAAUAGCAAUAUUUAUAAUUAGACGUUACGUGUUUGGAACACCCUGUUUGAAAGAUGUAAUACAUGUAUAGUGCAAAGAUAUGAUUUUAUUACAUUUUGAAACAAACCGGCUUUGAAACACUCUGGGACAGUGCAUGUGUGUUGGAAAAUACUGGUACAGAUUGUGAAUAUUAAAACAUGCUGAAAUGAAAUAUGAGUAUUAUUGUUAGCAGAAACAAAGUUCAAACACUGGAACAGAAUACAAAUACUAAAACAAGGGUGAUAGUAGGUAGACUGAGGUGGCAAUAUGUUGGUAUAACUGUGUAUUUUGUAAAGAGUGUGAGUGUAAAAACUUGCUAGGGAUAAAAUAAAAGUGAUGACACAAUGAUACAGGGAGUGUGUUCUAACAAGUUGAAAUGGAGUUGUGUUGAGAUAUGUGGUAUAGAGAGUGAGUGUUAAAAUGUAAUAAUGUGAGUAUGGAACAUAUUGGUUGUGUGGAGUGAAAUAGGACUGGACAGAACGAAAGUGUUGUAACAUGGAGGGAUCUAAAAUAACUAUAUAUGUGAUGAAACAAAGGACAGAACGAAAGUGUUGUAACAUGAAGGGAUCUAAAAUGACUAUAUAUGUGAUGAAACAGGACAGAACCAGAAUGUUGUAACAUGGAGGGAUCUAAAAUGACUAUGUAUGUGAUGAAACAAAGGACAGAACACAAGUGUUGUAACAUGGAGGGAUCUAAAAUGUGAGCAAACAAAGGACAGAAUGAGAAUGUUGUAACAUGGAAGGAUCUACAAUGACUAUAUAUGUGAUGAAACAAAGGACAGAACCAGAAUGUUGUAACAUGGAGGGAUCUAAAAUGACUAUAUAUGUGAUGAAACAAAGGACAGAACCAGAAUGUUAUAACAUGGGGGGAUCUAAAAUGGCUAUGUAUGUGAGCAAACAAAGGACAGAACCAGAAUGUUGUAACAUGGGGAGAUCUAAAAUGACUAUGUAUGUGAUGAAACAAAGGACAGAACGAAAGUGUUGUAACAUGGAGGGAUCUAAAAUGACUAUAUAUGUGAUGAAACAAAGGACAGAAUGAAAGUGUUGUAACAUGGAGGGAUCUAAAAUGACUAUAUAUGUGAUGAAACAAAGGACAGAAUGAAAGUGUUGUAACAUGGAGGGAUCUAAAAUGACUAUGUAUGUUAUGAAACAAAGGACAGAAUGCAAGUGUUGUAACACAGAGAGAUCUAAAAUAGCUAUGUAUGUGAGAAAACAAAGGACAGAACGAAAGUGUUGUAACAUGGAGGGAUCUAAAAUGGCUAUGUAUGUGUUGAAACAAAGGACAGAACGAAAGUGUUAUGACGUGGAGUAUGUGUGCUAAAGCAAGGUAAGAGACAAUGUGUGAAUAUUAAAAUAAGCUGUGAUGGAGUACGAUUAUUUGUUGACAUGUACUGGGAAUGUUUGAACUUUUAAAUAACUUUUGUAAAGCUAAUGAAUACAAUGUGCUUGCUUCACUAUGAUAUUUAUAUAGGUGUAGCAUGAAAACAUUAAAAGUAAAAAAAAGUAGACUAAACUCAAAUUAGUCCUAGUUUGCAUUUUGAAAUGCAGCUUUGUAUGUCAUGAUACCUGUACAUUGAAAUUUUAUUUGUAAUUAAAUUAAAAAGUAAUAUGUAUUAGAUUUUAGAACAUAAUGUAGAAAACUAGUCAGUAAUUGUCUUUCAUACAGUUGUUUUUAUAACAUUUUGCAUAAUAUCUAGAAAAUAUAUAGUAUAAUUAGCUCUUAAUUUUUUCUGUGUUUCAUAUUUUAUUAAAAGUAAGGAAAUAUUACUCUUAAACAAACACAUUGGAGAUGCUUUUUAGCACCAUGUUUUUAAAUGGGUAAAAUAUGUAGCUUUAAAAUUUUGUUUUAACUAUUUACAUAUACAAAGCAAGAUACGUCCUUUCAAAAUGUUGUAGCUUCAUGUAAAUCUCGUGUAAUAACAUUGAUUUUUUUAAAUUAUAUUUUAUUUAGAUAAAUGAGCAACAAGUUACAUAACAUUUGACUGUAAAUAAGAGUUAUCUAAAAUGAUAAUAGAGUUGGUAUAUGUUGUUUGUCGGCAGUUGUGUGGAUGUCUCAAAACUAAGUUGAUGGUUUGUAAUACUGUUUAAAGUUCUUUUCUACAAACAAACCUUCAUAAAUGAUUUAUUAAUUCUUUUUUUUUAACAAUAUAUUUGUAAAGUUACUGAAAUUAUAUUUGAGGAUGUACCUAUCUCAUAAAUUUUUGACCAAGCAAAGUUCUUUAAAACUAACCAUAUCUUUAUUAUGUGCUCACCAGCAGAUUUGAAAUAAUUUUCAUUAAAGUAAGUCAUUCUGGUCACAUGUAUUAUUUAUUAACAGCUUAGUAUCAUGAACCACUGAAACUAAUGAUUUUAAAUAAUAGGUUUUCUUAUGAUAUUUUCAAAAAUUAAUGUAUGCUACCAUAAAGAAAUGGUGGUUAUUUAUUGAAACAAAAUGUGAAGUCAAAACUAGAUAUUUGUAACAUAGAACAAAGAUUGAAACUUAUGAAAUGGAUACAAACACACUCCAAUAAUUUAUAAUUCUUUUUUAAAGCAAAUGCCCAUGUAUUUUAAUACAUAACAAUAUAGUUUCGUGCCUUUGCAUUAAGUUUAUUUUAUAUUGCUAAGAUACAAAUUUAUCCACUAAGAAGUUUGUUUACAUUUGACAGAAACUGUUACAAAACUAAUUUGGAUUAAUUUGUAGUGAAUAGAAUAAUUUAGUCUUUUUUAACAUUGUUCUUAGAAAAACCUAAGUAUAGGAUUUUAAAGUUCCUAUUCUACCAUUAUUUCAGCAAUUAGGCUUCAGUCUAUUCACAUUUUAUAGUGGGAUUCUUGUUUACUAUACAUAUUACUUGAUAUAUAAUUGUAUAAUUUCUGUUCAGUGCUAUAUUUGUUUUUCAGCAAUCAAGACAAACUGAGCUAUAAACUACUGUAUGAAUGAUAUUCUGUAAAUGUCAAAGAAAUGGACCAAGCCAAUGUGGAAAUUAGAAUGUUUCUUAACUAUUCAUGUUAUGCUAGAACCUUUUUUAGCUUUAUCAUGUAGUUACAGUUGCUUCAAGUCUGUUGACAUAUAAAUAGUUCCAAAUUAUAAGCUUUUCUAUGCUAUAUGUACUGCUUAUGUAAAUCUACCAAUUUGUAAGUUUUGUAAUGGAAUAAAAUAAUGAAAGAAAUUGUGAACUCA